AAUAAAAAUGAAAGUGCUUGGUAUUUCCUCGGCCAUUUUAACUGUUCUUUCCGUUGCAAGUCAAUUAGUUCAUGCAGGCACAACUCCUGGUCCUUGUGACACGAAUGCCUGUAAACUUCCUGACUGUCUUUGUCCUUCUCUUACUCCUCCUGCUGGACUCUCUCCCAAAGAUGUCCCUCAAUUUGUUACCAUUACUUUUGAUGAUUCAAUCCAACCUGAAUUGUUAUCUACUGCUCAUGAAUUAUUAGAUGUUAAGAACCCCAAUGGAUGUCCAGCCAAGGGUUCAUGGUAUGUAUCAAUGAUGUAUACUGAUUUUUCUUUGGUUCAGCAGUGGUAUGCUCAAGGAAAUGAAGUCGCUGAUCAUACUUUUACUCAUGUUGGACAACCUCCUUUACAAGAAAUUGCUGCUGCUUAUUCUAUGUUGAACCGUUAUGGUGGUAUUCCUCAUGGUAAAAUUAAGGGCUUUAGAGCUCCUUUCUUGAAUUAUACCCUUGAAACUUUCAAAGAAAUUUCACAAGUAGGUUUGAAAUAUGACACCUCUACUACUGCAGUUAUCGAUGACUGUUACUGGCCCUACACUCUCGAUUAUGGUUUAGCUAAUGACUGUUGGGCUGGAAGCUGUGGUGCAGAUUUUAAACUUCCAGGUGUUUGGGAAAUUCCUAUGUAUGCAGUCGUCGAUACCAACGAUAUUCCUCAAUUGAUGGAUGUUUAUUUAGCUGGAACUCCUUCUGAAGUUACCAACUGGACUAAAACAAACUUUGAAAGACAUUAUAAUGGAAACCGUCAACCUUUCGGUAUCUAUGUUCAUCCUACUCAUUUAACAAACUAUCCUGGUAUGCCUGAUGUUACAGACAAAAAGAAUGCAGUUGUUAGUUUUAUUAAAUCUCUUCAAGGGAUGAAAGAUGUUUGGUUUGUCACUAAUGAACAGCUUUUACAAUGGAUGCAAAACCCUGUUCCUGCAAGUCAAUUAGCUGAGCAACCUUAUAUGAAAUGUGGAAUUCCCGACGUUGGCAAAGAGAUCUGUAACGGUUUAGAAAACAUUACCAUCACAAAUGGUGUUGUUUCCGGCAGCCUAUUAAAUAUGUGUAAUUUUGGUACAACCAAUUGGGCUACUUGCUUUAAUUGUCCUGCUACAGCACCUACCGUAGAUAACCCUACACCUAACCCCUCUAUAGCUAGCACAGAUCCUAAAUACCGUCAUCCUCUUCCUGACAACUGCGAUACAGUUUGGUGGGACCCAAUUGCUGGCCAAUGUUUAUGUUCUAAUUCUACUUGUGCUUAUAAGGAUGUUGCUCCUGCCUCUUCUACUUCUAUUACUAAGGUUAGCUCCGCAACUACUGUGAUGACUCCUACUAGCACAAUAAUUACCACCAACAGCCAGGCUAGUGCUACACCUGUUCGAAAAGCUGAUAGUCAUGAAAAUAGUGCCACUCAUUUAACAACUACAGUUGCCUUGGGACUUGCAUUCGUCUCCUGUAUUGCAACUAUGAUGCUUAUGUAAACAAACAAAAAAAAUAGCCUCUUUUCUACCCUUCCCUCCCUUUUUUUAUAUAUUAUGCAGUUGAAUUCUGUACAGUACUAUUCCUUUAUUUAAUUUGCUUAAUUAUCUUUACAAUAACAUAAAACAGAUACAUAAUAAGUUGCAAUAAAAUAUAGUUGAGAAUUUUUUUUUUUUUUUUUGUAAAACGAAAUAAAGUUACA